AUGUUAUGAACGCGCUAUUAUUCGCAGACGAUAACACCAAAGUGGUCUAAACAUGAUCUAAACGAUAAAUUUAAACCAUAAAUUUACAAACAGGUCAUGUAGUUUCAUAUGCAAAUGUCUUGGACUGGCGUAUCAACCUGUUCUUCAGAAUGGACGAAAUAAGGUGCAUCAGGAGACAUGUUUCGGAGACUGUCGUCUCUCCAUUGUCACUAUCAUACAGCAGUGUCCAAAGAAUCUCAGCAUUAAAAGCCAAAGAGAGGCUGGCGGAACUUAUUAAGAAGCAGAGCAGAAGUAUCGAUAAGCAAGGUAUGUACUGCGUACUUAAUGAUCAAUGCAAAUCUCUAAUUCCUGGCAUCAGCUUGGCUGACAUCAAAGUUAUCACCAACCAAUGGGAGGACGUCUUGCGGUGUAGUGAUUUGUUUGGAAAGUUGCUGGUGUUAUACGUGCUGGACAACUGCCCCAAAGUAAACGCCCUUCAUCCAGGUCUGCACGCCAGGCUGACAGAUGCUAGAGAUAGCGUAGAGAAACAGAUAGGCCUCAGAGUGAUCCAAAGUAUCUCAUGCGUUAUACACAACCUCAACAGAGCCCCAGCGGUAGAGAGUAUGGUCCGAGACACAUUCAAGAAACUUCAACAACAUGGCUACACCAAGAAUACAAUUUUAGAAUGUUCUGAGGCCUUCUUGUCCUUCAUGAACCAGUACUUCAGCAAGAGGUGGCUAAAACAACAUAGCGACGCGUGGUUAAGGGUUCUGAAAGCACUUCUCACCUUGACCUUAACAGAUGGCAAUCGUUUAGAUGUCGCAGCCGUUAAACCAGUUAACCCUUUCCCAUCCAAGAAGAAGGCCAAAGUUGUUAUUAGCAGUCACUUAAAAUCAAGUGGAUAAAUUGUUGAAAUGUUAAUCAAACGCUAUGUCGGUAUAGGAAGUUCAAGUUAAUAGAUGCUUAAAAUGAUUUAAAAAAAAAUUAAAUACAAAAUAAAACCUGCAAUAAUUUUAAAUAUU